GUUUGGCCGAAGAUCAGCUCUUACGAGAGAGACAUCGCCAAGUUCAGCGAGAAGUUGUCGGAGACGCAGACACAGCUCCUGGCCAUUCGGGACACACCCACACGGGAUUCCGACGACCUCCGGACGCAUCUGAAGGCACAGAUCAACCAGGUGAAGCGGAUGAUGGCACAGCUUGGGCGAUUGCGUGACAUCCAGCGGGUCAAUGCGCAGGAGAUCGGCAUGGUCGAGCGAGUCCGGGCAAAGCUCUUCAAGCAAGUGCGUGUUCGCAACUUGCUGGCGGAAGGUAACCCUGAGAACAUGGCGAUGAAGAUUGCCACGUUACAGGAGGACACGGACAGGCUACGGACCACCAUCAAAGACUUAGAGGCUGGAUUGCAACCUCUCACCAAAGAGGCGGCGGACAUCAUCGGAAAGCUUCGGGAAAUGCCGUUUGAGUUCACCACGGAGACUGGCAAGCUUCGGGAGCAGCUGAUUGCGAACAUCCACCAUGAAUCGCACUGGAAGGAGCGAUUAGCUGUCCUUCGGGGAGAAAAGCUGCAGAACAUCCGCUUCAUCGCGUUGUUGAAGAAGGCGGUUGAUUCCUUGAGCUCUGAGGUGAUUCAGCGUUUUCCGCACUUAAAACUUCUGGGCCUCCGAAUCUGCGGCAAGAAGGAUCUUGCACAAACUUACGAGACCCACUGCCCAGAAGUUUCCUAG